AUGAAUGCCACUGUCGGUCCAAGUCCGACUGACAGUACGACGCAACGCAUCUUACCGCCGACCAAAUCACAACCCAUUACCAAUUCGUCAAGUAUGUAGAGCUAUAAUUAUAUAAUAAAACUAAAUUGUCAACAUCGGAAUCGUGUACAUUUUGAAGUAAAUUAUACAUUUCUAAAGUAGAGUCUACUACCAUGACUGAAAUAUCCCAUAUGAAUGCCACUGUCGGUCCAAGUUCGACUGACAGUACGACGCAACGCAUCUUACCGCCGACUAAAUCACAACCAAUUACCAAUUCGUCAAGUAAGUAGAGCUAUAUUAACUUAUAAAACUAAAUUUCCAACAUCGCAAUCGUGUACAUAUUAAAACUAAUUAUACAUGUGCGAAGUAGGGUCUGCAACCCUGACUGGAAUAUCGCAUAAGAAUGCUACUUUAGGUAGAAGCCAGGCCGAGAGUACUACGCAACGCAUCUUACCGCCGACCAAACCACAACCCAAUACCACAUCGUCAAGUAAAUAGAGCUAUAAUUAUAUAAUUAAACUAAAUUGUCAACAUCGGAAUCGUGUACAUUUUGAAGUAAAAUUAUACAUUUUUUAAAGUAGGGUCUGCUACCAUGACCGAAAUAUCACAUAUGAAUACCACUGUCGGUAAAAGCCAGACCGAGAGUACUACGCAACGCACAUUACCGCCGACCAAAUUUCAACCCAUUACCAAUUCGUCAAGUAUGUAGAGCUAUAUUAACUUAUAAAACUAAAUUUCCAACAUCGCAGUCGUGUACAUUUUAAAAUUAAUUAUACAUAUCCGAAAUAGGGUCUGCCACCCUGGCUGGAAUAUCGGAUCUGAAUAAUACUGUCUGUCCGAGGCAUACCGUCAGUAGUAACCUACGCAUCAUACCCCCGGCCAAUACUAAAUGUCCCAUUCGCAGUGCUCCGCCAAGUGAGUACAGCAAUAAUUCUAAAAAAGAAUCGUGUAUAAUAUAAAGUUAAUUAUUUGUUUACACCAACUUUGAACCGAUUAAAAUAAUAUCUACCCAAAUUAAUUUUUUCUGAAUAGGUAAGGCUUCAACUUUUGAGGUAAUUAACCUUUAUUAAUUACAAAAUAUUGUUUUCGAAACUAUUGGGAUCCAUUACCAUAGUGAUUUAUAGCAGGAGAAAUCAGUGAUAUGUUUUUUUUUAAGUAGUUUUGCCAAUACCUAUGUCAAUGAAAAAAUUGUGUGUGUUUUUGGAGUUUUCUUCGCCAAAAAAAUAACGACAAACUUAAAUUUUUCCCGAUACGAACAAUAUAUAUAACUAUUAUCGUUUAUCGGAAAUUCGAAAGAAUAAUAUUUCGAAUAUAAUAUUUAGGGGAGGUACAGAAACUGUUCAAAUUUUUCCAGUCUCGUUAAAUUCGAAAGUUAUUUCUUACCUUUUAACGACCAACUAAACGAUAAUUCUUUUUCGUUAAUAUCUACCGUCCGAACACGACCGUUUUUAUACGGACUUCAAAUUAAAAAUAAUAUUCGGUCAUAACGUCUGCAGGAAUUUAAUUUACGAAUAAAAGUAAUACCCCGUGUAUACCAUAUACAUUAUUUUUUUUAGUUGUCAAAGUGUCGAGUUCUAAAAAGACCAACACAAUUGCAACGGUCGGAUCGGUAAAACGCUGCAAAGAAACAAUACAUUUUAUUUUUAACGUGAUGAAUGAACGUAAUCUACAAACCAAGGUUAAUAUUAUUAUAUUUUUAUUUACAUACACGAAUUGUAACUAGAACGAAUAAUUUUAGUAAAAGACGCUGUAGCCCGUGUAGUUCUGUAUGUCAAUAAUUUAUUUAUUUUAUUUAUUUAUAUUACAUAUAGUGUAAUGAAUUAAGACAUUUAAUCGUUGAAACCAAGGAAAAAUGCUUACCGUGGUUAGCGUGGUACAUUGUUACUAAUCGAAUUAACAUUGAACCAAGCCAACAUACCAUUUACUUAAAAUUUUUGAACUCGUUAAAAAACGACAAACUUACGGAAUUAAUAACGUUGGAAACCGAAACAAAUAUUAAGGUGAGUAGGAAUAUUUUUUUACAUUAUAAUUAAGGAACAUAUUUAUAUGUGAUUAAUUUCCGCAAAAAACACUUAAAAAAGUAUUUAAAAAAGCAAAUUUAGUAGAGUGGUUUUAAAAAUUCCCUACUCUAUCUGUUCUUGCUCAUUAAACAAUAUUGUUUAACACUAACAAAUAAUUACACGAAGUAUUUUUUUUAAUAACACUUACAAAUUUGUUUUGAAAAAAUAAUUUGAUUCUAAUAAUUUGUAUGGUGUUAAAAACAAUUGUUGUUAAGUGAAAGCUAUUGGAUAGGGGAACUAUAAAAUCUGUCUAUUAUUAUCUCUUUUUCAAACAUUUAAAACGCUAUUUUUCAGGGCUUUUUUGAUGUUUUUAAGCGCCUUUUUGUAAAUUUCAAGUUUGUGUAAAUCCCUUUCCUAAUGAUGAUGAAUACGGUAAAUUUUAAAAUAAUAUCUCGCGUAUCUCGUUAGGCACUAUUGAGUCGGGGCGAGUUGAGUUCUGUUUGUAGGAAAACCUUGAUCAAUUUGAGAAGUUGGUACGUGAUGAUGACCCUGGCAAAGAAAAAGCCGAUUAGUACGACAUCUGAAGACUCGACGACAUCAUUGAUAAUGGCGUAUCAAGGAGGAGAGGGCAAAUUGAUGUACACUCUACCGCUUGUAACCGGAAUUCUGGAAACAUGUGCUUACAACGCAGUAUGUCGGAUACGUUUCAUUUUUAUCGGUUUAAUUGCUGAUAAUUCGUUGGUAUAAUAUAAUUCUAUUUUGUUUCAUUAUAGGUGUUUAAUACUAUCAGCCCGUGGACGUUGGAUGUAUUAUACUUUUUGAAUGAACUAUACUGUCAACCGGAUUUGAAAUUCAAGUUCCAAUUUGAAAUGGAAAUUUUAUUCAAAAAAUUAAAAUUUGAACUCGAGGUGAAAAUAUCAAUAAUGUUAUAAAUCAUUAUCUGUAAUCUCAAAUUUUAUAUUUCUGUUAUUUAUGAUUUAAAGCCUGCAACGAGAUGUUUCAUUGAAGAUGCAUAAAAGAUUGUUGCGUACGAACGUCUUAAAACUGAAACAGAAAUGUAUUUUCUUGCACAUGUCUGCGUUGUUUCUCUAUCGGGUCGACAGCGGUAUUUGGAUCAGAUUUUUUUUCUGUUAUCUAUUCUGCUUGAAUUAAUGUAUUUUUACGAAACCUUAUAAAAAUACAAUACCGUUGUUAACAAUAUUUUGUAUUUUUUUUUCUGUUUUUGUAGUGUUUUCUACUAUGAUUUUAUCGAAUUUAUAGUUUAACCAAAAUAAUGUUAUAAAUUGAAAAAAAAUUGACUGUGGAAAUGACCGAUACAUAAAUCACGAAAAAAUAAAUAGCCUAUUAAGUAGAUUUACAUGCACACGCUAUCUCAUGUAUAAUAUAAACAAAUUCUUUGAUAUGUUUAGAUAUCGAGAUGAACGUUUUCGUCAAAAUUUGAUCAUAAAACAAUUAUUGUAAAAAAAAAAAAAAAAAACUAUUGUAUAUUAACACUAUUUACUACUUAUAAAAUAAUGAACCUUGUAAGAAAUUGUCAAUUAUGUUUGGUAAAAUAGUUUCAUGCAUACCUAUAUUACCGAAUAAAAAUGUAAUGUAUGUAUAUGUUAGUACCUAUGAAACAAUCAUUUUUACUAUUAUUACCUUACAGUUUUUAUUAAACAUAUACACGUCAAAUGAUAUAAUUUAUAUAUUUAUGUUGUAAACUAGAUAAUCAUAAUUCGUAACGUAUAGCUUUUAGAUUUUGAGUGGAGCGAUGAAGCUUAUUAUAUAACUAUAAAAUUACAUAUUUAUUGUUGUCAAAGCAUCACCAUCAAAUAAACUCCACUCAGAAUCGUUUUUUAGGUAAACGAUGGUUUGUCGUCUUUACAGGUAUACAUUAAUGUAUCUAUAGCAGUGCGCCACUCGUCCCCAUUAUCCUAGAAUGCCUUUUUUUUUCUACGCAUUUUUAUAAAACAUAACAUUGACAUUUUCUCAACCUGAGGGCGUGUAUAUGUUUAAAAAUAUAUUUUAUUUUUAUUACAAUUUUGAAACAAUUAUAACUGUAUGUAGGCAAUUUAUAUGUCUAUCAUACAGUUACAUAUAAUAUCACCGUGUUUUGAAACCCGAGAAGUCUAAAAUCUAAAAUUGCGCCAAAUCAAAAAAAAAAAAAGCCGAUACAAUGAAAAACGGUUUUGAGAGUAGAUCGUUUAUACCUAAUAUUUGAAGGAUCGUAAUAUUUAAGAUUUCCAUUAAAAUCAGAACUUAUAAUUUAAGGUCUUAUAAAAUAAAAAAAUUGNGUAUUUAAGCGCUUUUUUGUAAAUUUUAAAUGUUUAUAAAUCCGUUUCCUAAUAAUGAUGAAUACGAUAUAUUUUAAAAUAAUAACUCGCGUAUCUUGUUAGUCAUUUUUGAGUCUGGGCGAGGUGAGUCCUAUUUGUAGGAAUACGUUGAUUAAUUUGGGAAGUUUGUACGGGAUGAUGACCAUAGCGAAGAAUAAACCGAUUAGUACGUCGUUUGAAGACUUGAAGACAUUAUUGAUAAAGGCGUAUCAAGGAGGAGAAGACAAAUUGAUGAAUACUCUACUGCUUGUAACGAGAAUUCUUGAAACAUGUGCUUAUAGCACGGUAUGUCGAAUACGUUUUAUUCUGAUCGAUUUAAUUUCUGAUAAUUCGUUGGUAUAAUAUAAUUCUAUUUUGUUUUAUCAUAGGUGUUUAAUACUACUAGCCCGUGGACGUUGGAUAUAUUAUACUGUUUGAGUGAUCUAUACCGUCAACCGAAUUUAAAAUUGAAGUUCCAAUUUGAAAUAGAAAUUUUAUGCAAAAGAUUAAAAGUUGAACUCGAGGUGAUAAUAUCAAUCAUAUAGUUAAUCAUUAUCUGUAACCUCAAAUCUUAUAUUUCUGUUAUUUAGGAUUUAAAGCCUGCAACGAGUUAUUUCAUUAACAAUUCAUAG